UCGUUUGAGUCACCAGCCCUCCGGCUCUCGUGCAUACUCUCUCCGGACCGACGGAGCGCUUCGGAAGCUCCCGGUCUGGGGCGCCAGUUCCGCUCAGCUUCUAGUCCCCGCCCGGCCUAGUGAGAGCGACACGACGCGGACCAUGGGGUCGUCCUGAGGGACAGCGGCGCUGAACCAGCAUGCAGCGGCCACCGCGAAUCUAGACUCCAUCGCGGCCUGGGGACGCCGGCCGGACCCGAAGGUGCUGCCGCUGCCUGGAGUCCAGGUCCGAUCCCGAGUAGCCGCCGCGCGCAGCCCCGGCCCCCCUUAGCCGCCAGCCCUCACCAUGCCUUGGCCAUUUUCAGAAUCUAUCAAGAAGAGGGCCUGUCGGUACCUCCUGCAGAGGUACCUGGGCCACUUCCUGCAGGAGAAGCUGAGCCUGGAGCAGCUGAGCCUGGACCUGUAUCAGGGCACCGGGUCCCUCGCCCAGGUCCCCUUGGACAAAUGGUGUCUCAAUGAAAUCCUGGAGUCAGCCGACGCACCGCUAGAAGUCACUGAAGGAUUCAUUCAGUCAAUUUCCCUGUCAGUUCCGUGGGGCUCCUUGCUGCAGGAUAAUUGUGCACUGGAAGUGACAGGGCUAGAGAUGGUCUUCCGGCCUAGACCUCGUGUAGCAACUGGGUCUGAGCCAAUGUAUUGGUCAAGCUUCAUGACUAGCAGUAUGCAGUUGGCAAAGGAGUGCCUUAGCCAGAAGCUGACAGAUGAACAAGGAGAAGCAUCCCAGCCUUUUGAAGGACUGGAAAAGUUUGCGGAAACCAUUGAAACAGUACUACGAAGAGUGAAAGUCACAUUUCUAGACACUGUUUUAAGAGUUGAACAUGUGCCAGAAAAUUCCAAAACUGGAGCUGCACUUGAAAUCCGAGUAGAGAGAACUGUGUACUGUGAUGAAACUGCCGACGAGUCCUCAGGAGUCAAUGUGCAUCAGCCCACAGCUUUUGCUCACAAAUUGCUGCAACUCUCUGGAGUGUCUCUCUUCUGGGAUGAAUUUUCUGCUUCAGCAAAAUCUUCUCCAGUGUGUUCAACUGCACCAGUGGAAACUGAGCCAAAGCUGUCACCUAGCUGGAACCCCAAAAUUGUUUAUGAGCCACACCCACAACUAACUAGAACUUUACCAGAGAUAGCACCCUCCGAUCCAGUGCAGAUUGGAAGGCUAGUGGGCAGGUUGGAGUUGAGUCUCACUUUGAAACAGAAUGAAGUGCUUCCGGGAGCCAAGUUGGAUGUUGAUGGACAGAUAGACUCCAUUCAUCUAUUCCUGUCACCAAGGCAGGUGCACCUGCUUUUGGAUAUGCUAGCAGCUAUCGCUGGACCAGAAAAUUCUAGCAAAUUAGGGUUAGCUAAUAAAGACAGGAAAAAUCGACCCAUGCAGCAGGAAGAUGAGUAUCGAAUUCAGAUGGAAUUAAACCGGUAUUACCUGAGGAAAGAUUCCCUCUCUAUGGGUGUGUCUUCAGAGAAAAGCUUCUAUGAGACAGAAACGGCUCGCACACCUUCUAGCCGUGAAGAAGAAGUUUUCUUCUCCAUGGCUGACAUGGACAUGUCUCAUAGUCUGUCCUCUCUUCCACCCCUUGGGGACCCUCCACAUAUGGACCUGGAGUUAUCGCUGACUAGUACAUACACAAACACGCCUGCAGGAUCUCCGCUAAGUGCUACUGUGCUUCAGCCAACUUGGGGAGAGUUUGCCGACCACAAAGAACAGCCAAUAAGAGGGCCAGCGUUCCAGUCUGACUUGGUCCACCCAGCGUCUUUACAAAAAGCUGCUCUCCCUUCUAGGUCUGUCUCAGUGGAUGAGUCCAGGCCGGAAUUUAUCUGCAGACUGGCUGUGGGUAUCUUCUCAGUCUCAGUGCUCCACAUUGAUCCUUUGUCUCCAGCGGAAACAUCUCUGAACGUCAAUCCAUUGACACCCAUGGCCAUCGCUUUCUUCUCAUGUAUAGAAAAGAUGGACCCAACAAGAUUGUCAGCGGAAGAUUUUAAGUCUUUCCGCGCAGUCUUUGCAGACGCUUGUUCACACGAUCACCUUAGAUUUAUAGGUACUGGCAUCAAAGUGUCCUAUGAGCAGAGACAACGGUCAGCUUCUCGGCACUUUAGCACUGACAUGUCCAUUGGGCAGAUGGAGCUUUUGGAGUGUCUGUUCCCUACGGAUUUUCAUUCUGUCCCUCCCCACUACACAGAGCUUCUGACGUUCCAUUCCAAAGAAGGGACCGCUGUCCAGCUCCCUGUGUGCCUCCAGCUUCACUAUAAGCACUGUGAGACGAGGGGACCGCAGGGUAAUCAAGCAAGACUUAGUUCAGUUCCUCAGAAGGCAGAAUUGCAAAUUAAAUUAAAUCCAGUGUGUUGCGAGCUGGACAUCAGUAUCGUGGAUAGGUUAAAUUCCUUGCUUCAACCACAGAAGCUCACUACAGUAGAGAUGAUGGCCUCACACAUGUAUGCUUCAUAUAAUAAACAUAUUAGUUUGCACAAGGCUUUCACGGAAGUGUUUCUGGAGGACUCACACAGUCCUGCGAACCGCCGGGUGUCUGUACAAGUUGCCACCCCAGCUCUGCAUCUCUCUGUCCGCUUCCCCAUUCCUGAUCUUCGAUCAGACCAGGAAAGAGGACCCUGGUUUAAGAAGUCACUUCAGAAGGAGACCCUCCAUUUGGCAGUCACAGAUCUGGAGGCUAAGACAGAGUUUGUGGGAGGAUCCACCCCAGAGCAAACUAAACUGGAGCUGACUUUUAGAGAGCUGGCAGGGUCAUUCCAGGAGGAGAAGGGAGGGCCAUCUGUCAAGUUUUUCCAUGUGUCUGGUGGAGUAGAUGGAGACACAGCAUCCUCAGAUGACUUUGACUGGCCACGAAUGGUAUUGAAGAUAAAUCCACCAGCCAUGCAUUCCAUUUUGGAGAGAAUAGCAGCUGAGGAGGAGGAAGAGAAUGAUGGCCAUUACCAGGAGGAAGAGGAGGGAGGGGCUCAUUCCCUGAAAGAUGUCUGUGACCUGAGGCGGCCAGCGCCAUCCCCCUUUUCCUCUCGCAGAGUAAUGUUUGAGAAUGAGCAGAUGGUGAUGCCUGGAGACCCUGUCGAGAUGACAGAGUUUCAGGAUAAAGCCAUCAGCAACUCUCACUACGUGCUGGAGCUUCUGCUACCAAACAUUCACAUGACACUGCCCAACAAAAGCUUCUACGAAAAGCUGUACAACAGGAUUUUUAAUGAUUUGCUUCUCUGGGAGCCAACAGCUCCUUCACCUGUGGAGACACUUGAAAACAUUUCCUAUGGCAUUGGGCUCUCGGUGGCCAGUCAGCUGAUAAACACCUUCAGCAAAGACAGCUUCAGUCCCUUUAAAUCUGCAGUUCAUUAUGAUGAAGACAGCGGAUCUGAAGAAGAGACUUUGCAGUAUUUUUCUGCUGUUGAUCCCAACUAUCGUUCCCGUAGGAAAAAAAAGUUGGACUCUCAGAACAAGAACUCUCAGAGUUUCCUCUCAGUCCUUCUGAAUAUCAAUCAUGGAUUAAUGGCAGUGUUCACAGAUGUAAAGCAAGAUGAUGGAGACCUGAUGGAAAAUAAGCAUGGUGAAUUCUGGUUAGAAUUCAAUAGUGGCUCACUAUUCUGUGUGACGAAGUAUGAAGGUUUUGAUGACAAGCACUACAUCUGCUUGCAUUGCAGCAGUCUCAGUCUAUACCACAAAGGCAUAGUUGAUGGAGCCAUUCUCCCUAUAGAGACACGAUUGCCCUGUUCAACCCGCCCACAUUGGUUGGAACCUACAAUUUAUUCCUCUGAAGAAGAUGGCCUCAGCCGAGCUGCCUCGGACGGCGUUGGGGGAGACAAUUUGAAUAUGCUCUCCGUGGCAGUGAAGAUACUGUCUGAUAAGUCUGAGUCCAACACAAAGGAGUUCCUUGUGGCUGUAGGGCUGAAAGGAGCCACUCUACAGCACAGAAUGCUGCCUGCUGGACUCAGUUGGCACGAACAGAUUCUAAACUUCUUGAACAUUGCUGAUGAGCCCGUUUUGGGGUAUAACCCUCCAACUUCGUUUACAACUUUCCAUGUUCAUCUUUGGAGCUGUGCUCUUGAUUACCGGCCCCUUCACCUGCCGAUCCGAUCCCUUCUUACCGUUGAGACAUUCAGCAUUUCUAGCAGUGUCGCCUUGGACAAAUCUUCCUCCACUCUCAGAAUCAUCAUGGACGAGGCUGCUUUACACCUGUCUGACAAGUGUAACACUGUCACUAUAAACCUGAAUAGAGAUUAUGUUCGUGUGAUGGACAUGGGACUUUUAGAGCUGACCAUAACUGCAGUGAAGUCAGAUUCUGAUGGAGAACAGACUGAGCCCCGCUUUGAGCUGCAUUGUUCCAGUGACGUUGUCCAUAUCAGAACAUGUUCAGACUCUUGUGCUGCAUUGAUGAAUCUCAUUCAGUAUGUUGCAAGUUACGGAGACUUACAUGCACCCAACAAAGCAGAAAUGAAGCCUGGAGUUUCACAGAGAAAGCCAAAGGUAGAUUCCAGUGGUCGGUCAUCCUCGCGUGGUCCAGUGCUUCCUGAAGCGGAUCAGCAGAUUUUACGGGACCUGAUGAGUGACGCCAUGGAGGAGAUUGACUUACAGCAGGCCUCCACCCCUGUCAGACCACAGGCUAAUGGUGUCCUGGAUGAGAAGUCUCACACUCAGGAGCCAUGCUGUUCAGACCUCUUCCUGUUCCCAGAUGAGAGUGGUAAUGUGUCCCAGGAGCCUAGCCCUGCUUAUGCCUCGCCCACUCACCACUUGAUGAGUGACACAGUGACAGGCGUGCCCACUGAAAACGAUGACUUUUGCAUUCUUUUUGCACCAAAAGCAGCUGUCCAGGAGAAGGAAGAGGAGCCAGUGAUAAGGAUCAUGGUUGAUGAUGCAAUUGUGAUAAGAGAUGACUACUUCAGUCUGCCCAUCACAAAGACGGAUAGCAGCAAAGCCCCACUCCACUUUCCCAUCCCUGCCAUUCGCUAUGUUGUUAAAGAGGUCUCUCUGGUGUGGCAUCUUUAUGGAGGCAAGGACUUUGCAACAGCUCCUCCUACUUCUCCAGCUAAGAGUUAUAUUAGUCCCCAUAGCUCACCUUCUCAGACACCUACAAGGCAUGGACGUCAUACAGUCUAUGGGGGCAAAGGAAGGAACCAUGACUUCUUAAUGGAAAUACAAUUAAGCAAGGUGAAGUUUCAGCAUGAAGUCUACCCCCCGUGUAAGCCCGAGUGUGAGUCCAGCCUCUUAGAGCACCCAGUCUCCAGGCAGGUGUUCAUCGUUCAGGAUCUUGAAAUUCGAGAUCGGCUGGCGACAUCACAAAUGAAUAAAUUUUUAUACCUGUAUUGCAGCAAGGACAUGCCUCGUAAAGCUCAUUCCAACAUGUUGACAAUUAAAGCACUGCAUGUACGUCCGGAGUCUGGCAGGUCACCACAGGAGUGCUGCUUGCGAGUGUCCCUGAUGCCGCUUCGCCUCAAUAUUGACCAGGACGCCUUGUUCUUCCUCAAGGAUUUCUUCACAAGUCUUUCUACCGAAGUGGAACUUCUCCUCACUCCAGAUCCAGAAGUUACAAAGUCUCCUGGAGCUGAUGUCACCUGCAGUUUGCCAAGGCAUUUGAGUACCUCAAAGGAACCAAAUCUAGUUGUUUCUUUCCCUGGGCCAAAACAACCUUCCCCAAACCUCAGUGCCAAUUCAGUGGAAGAGGCUAAUGGACUUGAGGAGAAGGACUUCUCAGCUGACGACACUUCAUUUAGUGACCAGCCUGUGUUUUUUAGAGAAUUCAGAUUCACAGCAGAAGUUCCUAUUCGGCUUGACUAUCAUGGCAAACAUGUAUCAAUGGAUCAGGGUACAUUGGCGGGGAUUUUGAUUGGCCUGGCCCAGUUGAAUUGUUCUGAGCUAAAGCUGAAGAGGCUCUUUUAUCGGCAUGGUUUGCUAGGUAUUGACAAAUUGUUCUCAUAUGCAAUCACCGAAUGGCUCAAUGACAUUAAGAAGAACCAGCUACCAGGGAUCCUGGGAGGUGUUGGGCCUAUGCAUUCACUAGUUCAAUUAGUACAAGGCCUGAAGGACUUGGUGUGGCUGCCGAUUGAGCAGUACCGGAAGGAUGGCCGCAUUGUCAGAGGCUUCCAGAGAGGCGCUGCCUCCUUUGGCACUUCAACUGCAAUGGCUGCUCUAGAACUCACAAACAGAAUGGUCCAAACCAUACAGGCAGCCGCAGAGACUGCUUAUGACAUGGUGUCUCCGGGUACCCUUGCCAUUGAGCCCAAGAAGGCAAAGAGAUUUUCUCAUCACCGGUUAGCCCACCAGCCCGUGGACCUGAGGGAAGGUGUGGCCAAGGCCUACAGUGUUGUAAAGGAGGGAAUCACAGACACGGCUCAGACCAUUUAUGAAACAGCUGCUCGAGAGCACGAGAGCAGAGGGGUCACUGGUGCCGUGGGUGAAGUCCUGCGCCAGAUCCCACCGGCAGUGGUCAAACCCCUUAUUGUAGCCACCGAAGCAACAUCUAAUGUGUUAGGUGGUAUGAGAAACCAAAUUAGACCAGAUGUUCGGCAGGACGAAUCACAGAAAUGGCGCCAUGGGGAGGACUGAUGCUUCCAGUGUGUGGAGCUAAGGAGCAGGGGGUCCUAGUGGAAGCUUCGUAGACAACUUGUGUAAUUCAUGUGCUCAUCUCAGGAACAAAAGCAGUUUUUAGUUAAAUAAUUUAAUGUCAAAACAACACACAGCCAAAACCUUGUGACGUUUUAGGGCCUGGCUCUGGCCUGCAGGAGUUUCUGGUGGCUCGUGUCAAGGUCACUAGAGAUUUGCUGCCAUGUUGAAUGCUUGCUUUCAUUAAAGUGACCAUAAUUGUACUUGUUACUGACAAGAUUUCAUUGGGAAUGUCUUUGUAAAUAGUGUUGAGUGCUUAAAAAAUGGAGCACUCUCACAGCACUGGGGAGCAUCCUUACAGUUCUGGGGAGCUGGUUUUUCAACUUACAAUUUCAACACUUCCGAUGCCAGUGAGAGAAGCCACAGGGAAAGCAAGCAGCUAGCCUCCAGUGUCGGGUGGAGCAAGGCCUCACCUCCCCCAGGACUGCCUGCUCUGCUCACCCGGAGAGAGUGAGUGUCACAGACGAAGUCUGCUGUGCUGCACUUUAUCCUCUGCGUGC